GUCAAUCCCACAAAGUCCAUGUGGCGCUACGUGGCGGCCUUGCUUCUGAAUCCCAGCGCUUUUGCCUGGAUUCCAGGCAUUGAAGAGCAUUUACAACCACCCAGACAUGAGGCCUUGGAACACUUCGAAUUUCUGGCUGUGUUGCGCGUGGACAAAGACCAGGGUGUACGACGUGGCGUACGGCAUGCUGAACAGCAGAGGACGCAAGGUCAUCCUUGGCCUUGGUCGUGGGGCCGAACGCUGCUGAAACCUCUUGCAGCCCUGCACAAAAAGAUUUUAUCGCCCUUGAGUUCAACAGCAAUCGUCGACUGGAGCUGGCCACAAGACGCGGCGAUGGAGUCCCAAUUUGAGGACAGCGAACAACUGGCGAGUGGCUCCUUUGGCGUGGUGUUUCUGGCAAAGGACAAGAAGACCAAUCAGCAGGUGGCUGUGAAGCUGCUGAAAGGCAGAAUGACCAUCUUUGGUGAGGGCUUUUGGGCGACGUCAAAAAUCUACCACGAAGACAAGGAUCUGCAAGCACUGGUCGAUGAAAGCAGGCAGGAGUGUAUCAACAUCCAAAAGAUCCAAGAGGGUCAGAGCAAAGAUCCGGAUGGGGCCGCUCGCGUCUUGAAAUGUUUGUACGAUGGAAUCACGCCCUCCUUGCAAGACCCUGCGUCGGAGCAUCCCCUGUACAUCGUCUUGGAAUACGCCGGACGCAAUGACUUGGACAAGUGGUGGCUGAAGUUUGUGAACCAAACGAAGCUGCACAAGGACUACGUCGUGACCUUCAAUAGGAUGGCCAAGGACAUGUUCAUGGGACUCAAGUUUCUGGCAGAAAGCCCAACGGAUACCCAGUGGGUGCAUCACGACCUGAAAGGGCUGAAUAUGGUGGUGAAAGAUGAAGGGCACCUGAUGAUCGUAGACCUGGGCACAGCCUUGUCCACAGCUGAACCGAGUGGCCAAGCGGCCUGCACUGCUUUUGCGCGACCUCCAGAGGUAGCACCUCUGAACUGGUUGAUUCCACGCGUGGGUUUCAAGGCGCCCGUUUGGUCCUUCGAUGUUUUCUCUGCAGCGAACGUACUGCUGGGGAUGGCGGGGGAUACAAUUGUGAAUGGAAAGGUGAUGGGUGUCCCAACACUUCCCUAUUACACCUACUACAUGCAAGAAAUCGUGCAGCAUGCGAUGGUAAAGGUUCAGUUCUUGGCCCGGGCCAUCCACUGCGCCCAAAAGGAAGCCAGUGACCCGCAAAGCAAGAGCAGCAAGGCCGCUGCUUUUUCGAACGCCUUCUACGCCUGCAUUGGGGAUAUUUCCAGUGAGGAGUUCACCAAACUGAACACCGAGAGGUUGGAGGCGAUUCAAGGGAUGCAUGGCGAGGAGCGCAAAGCUGCCCUGGCGGGGCUGGUGAACUGUCGCCAGUUUCCGAUUCGGGGAAAAAUCGUGAUGCGGACGUUGCAGUUGGGAACCCCGAAUCCCUCGCCCUUCUUUUGGACAUUGUUGGACCAAUGGAUAGCCACAGGCUUCGAUGGGGUGCUCUUGAGGGCCCUGAGUAGCGAUCCGACUCAGCGGCCAAGGCCCAGUGAGAUCUUGGAAGCGCAGUGGUUCAAGGACCAGGGAGACAUCCAUGAAGGAAGCGCGGUGGAAUUUUCAUGCCCCGAAUACCCUAUGAAUGACGGCGCGAAGCUGGUGUUUCUGGGGAUUCUGAUGCUUCUGGUUGAAGUUGCCAGCUGUUGCUUUUGCUGUGCAGGAGGAAUCUUCACCAGCCGGCGUGGCACCUGGGUGUGGAAGUGGAUGCUGCCCGUGGCAGGCGCCUUGUCGAUCAUGGCCCCCAUUGCGGAGUUUUACAUCGUCAGCUUCAAAUAUCUGUGGCUCCUCCUAAUGGUGAGCCAUGGCAUUACUUUGGGUUUGUGAACUACAGUGCUUUGCCCAAAUAGAGGC